UCUCUCUAACCUUAUCCAUUUCCCACUUCAUUCUUCUUUGUUGAAUAUUCAUUCAAUACAAUGUUCAAUUUCUGUACUUGUGUGAAUUUCAAGCAGGAGCCCAGCGACGAUGAAUGGCAGAUGGAUUCGUCGGCUAAGAAAAAAGACUUGAAGAAGGGAUUAAAUGAGGCCUGUAAUCAUGUUCCUUUGGCUUUGGCUUCUCCAUCGGAGCGUCGAGAUUACGGGGAGGAUCGAGUCAUCAAUCUAGACGUUGGAGACCCAAUUAUGUAUGAAACUUUUUGGAAGAAAAUGGGGAAGAAAGCCACGUUGGUGAUACCUGGGUGGCGAUCCAUGAGUUACUAUUCCAAGGGCCAGAGUCUUUGCUGGUUUCUCGAGCCCGAUUUGUGCGAGCAAAUUCUCCGAUUACACCGCGUCGUUGGCAAUGCCGUAACCGAAGGCCGCUAUAUCGUCGUUGGGACCGGCUCCUCCCAGCUCAUAUUGGCGUCACUUUACGCCCUUUCUUCGCCUGAUUCUUCUGAGCCCACCAACGUCGUCUCUGCCGCCCCCUACUAUUCUUCUUAUCCAUCCAUGUGUGACUAUUUAAAAACGAGUCUUUUCAAAUGGGGUGGAAAUGCAAGCAAAUAUGACAGCGAUGGGGCUUAUAUAGAAAUUGUUACUUCACCAUGCAACCCGGACGGUUUUCUACGCGAACCGGUAGUGAACCGGAUUGGAGGCAAAGUACUACACGACCUUGCGUACUAUUGGCCUCAUUACACGCCCAUUACGGCGCCUGCUGACAAUGAUAUCUCAUUGUUCACUGCCUCCAAGUGCACCGGUCAUGCCGGUUCUCGAAUCGGGUGGGCUCUCGUUAAAGAUGCUGAGGUGGCAAUGAAAAUGGUGAAGUUCAUUGAGCUGAACACUAUUGGAGUGUCCAAAGAUUCCCAGCUCCGAACGGCAAUGAUGCUGAACGUAGUAUCAGAUACUUGUGAACAAAUUGGGAGUUCAUUAGUUAUUCGCAGCGAAUCCUUUUAUGGGUUCGGCCACCGCCUCAUGACGGAGAGGUGGUGCCGCCUUAGACAGGCCGUUAAGAACGCCGGAAUGUUCACUCUCCCGGACUUCCCUUCUGCUUACUGCACCUUUCUCAACCAACGAACCCAGACCCGGCCUGCUUUUGCGUGGCUCAAGUGCGAGAAGAAUGACGAGGACUGCGCCGCUUUACUUCGGCGCCAUAAAAUUAUAGGUCGGAGUGGAGUCAGCUUCGGGUGCAGUGAACAGUUCGUACGUGUGAGUAUGAUGGAUCGGGACGACAACUUCGACCUCUUCAUCCAACGAAUAUCCAAGAUCGCUUCCGAAAUCUGAGACGACAUGUCGGUCGAAUCCCAUAAGUUCCAAUUAACUUGGAACAAUAAUGGAGGACGAGAAUGACAGAGAGCCGAGGUGGAGGCAUGGGAGUUGAAGCCCAAUUUUCUACAUUGUUUUAUUUUUUUGAUUUAAA